CUCGGCAUGACCAGCCGCAGUCGCAGCAGUUUCAGCAUCCUUUCUAUAUCUUCGGUCGUUCCCCUGCUCAGCAACAACAACAGCAGUAUCAGCAACCACAGCCAGUACAGCAACAGCAACAACAGCGGCAACAACAACAACAGCAACAGCAACAGCAACAACAGCAACAGCCCGGCAUUCAUCUGCAAUAUCAACACCACCAACGACACUCAGUUCUGCCCCUCCAAGCAACUCAUCAAAGCCGACAGCCACUACUUCAAACUCUGCCACUAAUACGUUAUUGUGGCCAUCAUAUGGUCUCUUCAACCAAUCCUUUCAUCUACAACCGUCGUCGACUUCUUCAACCCUGCCCAAUCACACUCGCCAACGGUCAAACAAUUUCAGCAGAAAAUAUCGGCAGUCUACUUUUGACAUCAAUCGAUACGGGAAAGUCUUUAUGCCUUACCAGCGUUUUACUCGUCGACAAUCUUGGCUUCAAUUUAGUG